AUGUCCGUCUUCAAACGUCUUUCCGGUCUUUUCUCAAACCCUACUCCAGAAGAACUAGCUGCGGCCAAAACAAAGGUCCAGGCGCUGAUCAACGAGAAUGGCGUUGUUGUUUUCUCGAAGAGCUACUGCCCUUACUGCGCUUCCACUAAACGGACAUUAACCAAGCUCGGCGCUAAAUAUGUUCUACUUGAAUUGAAUGAGAUUGAUGAUGGCCGGGUUCUUCAAAACGCUCUUCAAGAAAUCACGGACCAGACCACCGUGCCCAACAUCUUCAUCGACCGGAAGCACAUUGGCGGCAACUCAGAGCUCCAGGACAUCAAAGAGGAGCUUUUUAAACUUCUCAGACGUGCGGGUGCCCUAUGA